UCUUUAAAGGUAUUAUGUUAUCCCUUAUUUAGACUAAUUGUUCCAAAGCUUCUUCCCAAAAGAAUUCCCAUUAUCUCUAUCCUCUCUUUUGAUGAAAAGUUCCUCCACUCAAAUAAACCUUAUGCUUUACAAAUUAAGCAAAAUGAUGGAGAUGGAUUAAUGUGUGAUUUUUUUGGAUUUUUCUUGGAUUUUCGGCUAUUUUUUGUUGAUUUUAAACAGGCUUUUUAACAUGUUUCUGUCCAGUCGGUUCCACCAAAUGGGACAAUGUGUCAUCGUUUGAAAAGUCACCUCUUCACCUCCACGCUUCCCUACUUUCUCAGUACACUACUACCUCCAUCACUUCUCUUUACCCAACAACCCAAUAUACCGACGUUUGCCCAUUUCGUCAGCGCUCCUCUGUAAUUGAUCAAUAGAUGGUUUUUUUUUGCAAGAUAAGAAACAUAAUUGUUGUUUCAUAUUGAUGCAAUAACUCCAUACCACCUGUUUUCUAAGAACUGUUUGCUCCCCACAUUCUAAUUUAGGUUUCAAUAACUGAUAAUCCAUCUACCUCAAUCAUUGGAUUAACAAGCAGCUUUAAAGGGUCCUGAAGUCAUAAGGGUUUUGAAAUUUCUAACUGGAAAGAAAUCUAUAAUCUGAAACCUCUUUGUUAUAACGAUUCCCCCUUUGUAUAUUCAUCAUCAACAAAGAUCCUCUAGGUUUGUUUUCUGAUAUCCUUUUUGUGUUUUAUGUCUCUAAAAAAUAUUGUUAAUGGUUCCAAAAAUUAGAUUUUAAUUUUAUUGCAUUUCAUAAAAGGAAAAUAAAAAACAAAAUAUACUUGUUGUUUGAAUUUUUGUGUCGCUGCAUCUUCUUACCCCAACUAGCUCUUCGGUUUUAGCUUUUUUCCAGCUUUUAAAAAUAAUAUGGGGGAUCAUUCUGUUAUUUCGGGAAGAAAACGAGGCCCUCUAGGUUCAACCGAUAGAUAUGGAGAUAAGAAACAUAAAGCCAUAAUUAUGCUCAACUCAGAAAAAGAAGUAACGAAUGAUAAAACUGGAAAUACAAAUAUUGUCCUAGGAGAUGUAUACCACCGGAAGUAGUAUAGAAGAGAAGUCAUUAUAAGAUGGAGGGAAAAGAGAGGUAAAUGUGCUAUGAUAUGUUCUGAUUUUGUUGACAAGAGUCAAUACAGGAGAGAAGCUAUUAUAAGAUGGAAGUUAAAGAGAAAUAAUCAUACAAGUGCAUCGAAGCUUGCCAUUUCUAUUUCGGGUGACACCUCAAAAGUAUUUUUUGAUGUUUUAAUUGACAAGAAGCAAUAUAGGAAAGAAGUUAUUGAAAGAUGGAAGAAACAGAAAAGUAAACGUACACCGAGUUGUUUAGCUUAUGACAAACCAAAACGAAAUUCAACUGCUUCAGCUGAGACGUCGGCUAUUUCGGGUCCACCCUCAGAUCUACUUCUGAAUGUUUUAAUGGACACGAAGCAGUAUAGGAGAGCAACCAUUGAGAGAUGGAAGAAAAAGACAACUAAAAAUAGAGUUUUAUUGCCACCAAGUUGUUUGGCUAAUGAUAAUGCAUUAAAAAAUUCAAUUGAUGUAGGUAAGACAAAUUAUAUGAGAAGACAACUGAAUAAUAGGACAGGCAUACAUUUGUUACAACAAGUCCCCCUUGCUUCUGAUGUCCUUCCAAACUUUCACCGUUGUCGUUACUUUGAUGCUGUCAAAUUUUACUCAGAAACAACUAAUUUUUGUUGUCUAGAUGGUCGUGUUGUUUUGUCAAAUAAUGAGCUCCCACUUUUGGUGCAAGAUCUACUGACUUCAACAUCAAAAGAAGCUAUCUCAUUUAGGACAUAUAUUAUAACAUACAACAACCACUUUGCUUUUAAUUCUUUAGGGGUUACAUCAGAUAAUGAACUCGGUAAAGAAAUAAAGGAAUUUACACUUUUAGAGUUCAAGCUCAGGUUUAUCAUUUUAUAAACAACUUGUCGCCUCAAGAAAAUGAUUCCAAAAAUUUACAAUUGUACUUUCACGACACUGAUAAAGAUUUGGAAAAUUGUUUGUCGGAUUCUCCGCAGUUAUGUAUACACUUGAUUGUGAAAUGUGUUGAAUAUCUAAAAGAUAAUCCGUAUGUUCAUUCUUUUAGAAAUUUAAGGGAUGUUCCAAACUUAGAUGAAAAUAAGAUUAUUCUUAAGACUAUUAUGGGACGAGAUCAAAGGGUUUUUAAUAAACCAGAAGUUUCUCAAGUAGCUGCUAUUUGGA